CCCAGCGGCAAACGCGACUGAGUGAGGUUGGCGCUGCCGGGAGCGCGCACAGUGGAGCGGCUGAUGCUCAGAGGACACGGAGUGAUCCGAGCAUCACCGGUAACCGACUGAAUUAUCGUGCCAAAUAUCUUUGGGCUUCGGUAGGAUGCGUCAGGACGGAUCCAUGCAGAUGGCUGCGACACAGAAAGAAGGAUCUGACCAGAACUUCGAUUACAUGUUCAAACUGCUGAUCAUCGGUAACAGCAGUGUAGGAAAGACGUCGUUUCUCUUCCGGUAUGCUGAUGAUGCCUUCACGUCAGCGUUUGUGAGCACCGUGGGCAUCGAUUUCAAAGUCAAAACCGUCUACAAGAACGACAAGAGAAUCAAACUGCAGAUAUGGGAUACUGCCGGGCAGGAGAGAUACCGCACAAUCACCACGGCGUACUAUCGUGGAGCCAUGGGCUUCAUCCUCAUGUAUGACAUCACUAACGAGGAUUCGUUUGGAGCGGUGCAGGACUGGUCAACCCAGAUAAAGACAUACUCGUGGGACAACGCGCAGGUCAUCCUGGCGGGAAAUAAGUGUGACAUGGAAGAGGAGAGGGUCGUGUCUUCAGAUAGUGGCAGACUGCUGGCAGAGCAGCUGGGUUUUGAAUUUUUUGAAACGAGUGCCAAGGACAACAUCAACGUGAAGCAGACCUUUGAGCGUCUGGUGGAUAUAAUCUGUGACAAGAUGUCAGAGAGUUUAGAGACUGACCCCGUAGUGACCACAGGAACCCAGGGAACGGCCCGGUUAACGGAUAACCCUCCUCCACUACAGCAGCCCAACUGUGCCUGUUAGUGCUCAGUUUACAUAGUAGCACAAGUGUGUGUGUGUAACACCUUUAGAUAGAUGCAUAUAUCCUUUAAUGUCAUAGAAUACAGGUGCUGGAACAACUUGAAUCUGAUCAGUGCAUGUCAGGAGUCAUGUGACUCUUUACACCCAGUGGAAACAAGCUGUCGUAUGGAUGCAGUCUUGAUCAAUGGCAAGCAGUUUUUCAGUGUUUUUAAAAAGUGGUAUGGAUAAACCUAUGUUGCAUUUCUUUGGUCAUCAGUUUUUGGUAUAUUUGGCCUGCAACUCUGUUGCACCACAAGGAGGCGUUCAAACAGGACAAGUUCUUGUAUUACAAAACCUAAAGUCCCAAUGCAGGGUUCUUGAGACACUUUUUAAAAUGAUAAGAUGCAGCGGCUAAAGACAUCUGUCUUGGUGCAUGUGAACAGACCAAACGAACCCAGAACACAAGAAUGAGUUGUGAACGAUUGCUACUUUUGCCUGUUUUGUUCCAGCACCUUUGCACUAGAGUCACGUCUGUUUAUACGGUGCCUAAUUCAUACCGACACAUUCUUUACUGUCAAUCAAAGUCCUAACGGUCUUUACAGCACUGUUAUUGAGUUCAUCAAGACUUCAUCCACAUUGCAUGCAAUAAACAAAUAAAAUUAGUUUUUUUAUGAUUAGGAGCUCAAUCAAACUGACCUUUUACUAAACUCCACUUACAUAGUUGCGAAUUAAUAAAAAAUCUAAUAAAAACGUAGUUAUGAAUCAGAGUAAACUGUGAUUUUUUUUUUUUUUUUUCAAAUAGUUUUGGAUGAUUCUAAAUUGACACAUUUUCAAUUUUCAAAAAUGUAAAUAUAAUUACAUCAUCACACAGGACUGUCAGGCAGCAGUGCUGAUGUAGGAUUGGCCAGAUUUUGUUUUAGGGUGGGGCUUAGUGAAGGAUCAGGUGCUCAAGGAAAAGGAUCUUAAUGGCAAUGCAACAAAAUUGCAUUAAUACACAUAAACACACUCGUUUUGUAGGUCAGGAAUUCAUGCCAUAUUAAUCAAAAUGAAAUUUCCCAUCAGUGAAAUGAGCUGCAUAUCUCUAGUCUGUGUAUAUGUGUACCGUAGAUUAUUAAAGAUUAUGUCAUCUUUAUGAAUACAUGACCUAUCUAGUGUAUAUAGUUUUGUAUAUACCUCAGUCAGAUUAAUAUAAUAUUGUGGAUUUAAGUAGCUGUUGAAUACAGGGAGGAAAAUGUGCAUUUAAAUGUUUCUAUACAAUUAUUUCGAUCACCGUAAAUUAAUUAAUGCUGACUAAGUGAAAUAUUUAUCUAUUUAUUAAAAGCAAACAGACUUUAAAUUUAAAAAAAAAAGUAAAUGUGCUUCAUGAGCUGCGUGUGUCUGAUAAGGAAAAGUUCUUCUAGGUGAAGUGGAUCUUGUAUUUUUCCCCAAGCCCUUUUUUCCUCCAUUUCUCUUUUCUGUUUAUCGCUGUCGUCGGUUGUUUUUCUCUGCUGGCUAAAAAACUACUUUGUGGAGGAUGUGAUUUGCUGUCCCUGCUCUUAUCUUGUUUGAUGCUCAUGGCCAGAGAGGAUUCAGAGACUGUAGAUGUUAGAAAGAAACCGCUUCACUGUUGCAGAGUCAGAGUUUGUGCUGAGUCCGGUCGAGGCUCGCUGGAGCUUGUCUUGUAAAAUGAUACAGCAAUAGCCAAGAAAAAUGUGUCGGCAGCUAUUUUCAGGAGAAAUUAGUCACUCAUCAAUAUUUCAUCCCACAAACCUUAAAAGACUUUGGCCAUGGAUGGAAGUUUUUUUUUUUUUUGAGUAUAUAUACAAUUUUAAAUAUUGAUUAUUUUGGCCUGAAAUAUAACGUGACAUGUUGCUGAUCGGUUUCAUGAAAUUCAUCUUCUAAUUCAAGAUGGUUUUAUUUGUUUCUCGUCCCUAGAGAUUGUCCAACUUUCAAUGUGAUGUAUAAUAAUCUAAGUUAAAAAAUGAAAACACAGCCCUUAAACUACAUGGUGUGGUCUGUAGAUGUGUGUGGUUUUUGUGAGCGUAGUACAACAAAAAGUUUAUAUAACAUUAGCCCUACAAUAUCCGGCAUAUUAAAAAUGUAUUGCGGUCACAGACUGAAUACGCCGGUCCAUAUAUAGCUAAUAGUUCAUUGAUGUGAAUAAAGAAAAUCAGUAAGAAACCAAACUUGUUUCCUCACCACAAGCUAUGUUUAGCAUCAUCCCUGCAUGAAAUUGUAUGGCAUCUCUAUUUAGAUACCUUUAUCUGUAUAAUCUUCUUUGUUCAUUUAUGCAUCCCUCAGUAUGUGGGGUGCAGUGGGCCAGCAAGUGCAAUAUUUCGAAACCCUAUCUCUUGUAUAUAGUUGGAUGACUGUGUGUGUGUGUGUGUGUGUGUGUGGGGAGCAUCUUAAUGUGCCAUGCUGAUUUUGCACACUAUCGUUACCCAUGUACGGAUGAUCGCUCUGCCUCAACUUUUGUGUUAAACUAUCUUUGUGCUGACAUUAAGACAAUAUACUGUGGAGUUACAUCAGUAUGUGAGUGUGUGUGUGUGUGUGUGUGUGUUGGUGUAUAUACUAGUAUGGAGAAAAGUAAAUGUUGAUCUUGUUGCAAGUCAUCUUUGUAGUUUUUCUUUGUGUGUAAAUCUCAUUCAUUUAGCGCAUGCAUAGGGCUAUAUAUCUGCAAUCACUCUACUGCAGUAGUUUUACAAUAGCUGUCAUUUCAGGUGUACAGCAUGCAUAAAACAAGCUCAAAAGGGAGUGAGAUUAUCUAAAUAUACAAAAAGUACUUGUACUAUAGUUCAGCUGGAUAUCAGAUGGCAAUGAUUUCUGUGUCAAAAGAUAUUAUUUUACCAUGCUAUGUCCCCAAAAAAACAUGGUACUUUCUUGUUAGACAGUAAACAUUUAAAUUAUUUAUUUUCCUAAUUUUAUCAAUAACACGUCAGAUUUGCUUUUACCUCAAAGAGGAACUGUGCAAUUUCCAAAGUCCCCUCAGAACAUUAAAAUGUUCAUUUUAAUUUUUCUUAAUUAAUCUGAGGCUUUAAGCUACUGUUCCCAAAAUAUGGAGAUUUAUUUAAAAUGUUGUGAUUUUAUUCAAAAUAAUUUAUUUUUAAAAAGUGCUGAUAAACUUUUGGUUUGUGUGGAAAAAAAUCGUUGGACCUUACUUGUGAUAUCCGCAGUGAUUUCUAAUAUUUUAUUUGAAGGAAUCACUCUAGAGCUGGUUGUUCUAUAUGUGUGGCGUGUAUGACAAAAGUGUAUCAAUUACUGUUGAAAAUACCAAUAAAUAUUCUUAUUGUGUUGAUA